UCGGAACAACCGAAGCUGUCCCACUGUUGGCCAAAACAGACCACCUUCGCCGCUGCGCUGAAUCCCGGGGUCAUGGCGGAGAAGCUGGCUCCCGAGAAGCGCCAUGCCUUCGUCCACAACGGGCAGAAGGUUUUCGAAUGGGACCAGACGCUGGAGGAGGUGAACAUGUACAUCGAGCUCCCCAAGAACGUGCCUGCCAAACUGAUUCACUGCGUGAUCCAGGCCGGCCACGUCGAGGUCGGCAUCCGGGGCAACCCGCCCUACCUCAACCAUGACAUUAUGCUCCCCGUGAAGACCGAUUCAUCUUUCUGGACAAUAGAGGAUGGUGAAUUGCAUAUCACUCUGCAGAAAAGGGAAAAGGGGAAAACAUGGGCAUCUCCAAUACAAGGUCAAGGUAGCUUAGAUCCAUAUGUUGCAGACCAGGAACAAAAACGUCUUAUGCUACAGAGGUUUCAAGAAGAGAACCCAGGGUUUGACUUCUCUCAGGCUCAGUUCAGCGGUACCUGCCCUGACCCAAGGACCUUCAUGGGUGGAAUUCACACUGAUUGAAGAAGCUUAGCUCAAGAACAUAAAUCUUGCUGGAUACUAUCAAAUGUGACAAUUGUGAAAACAUGUAUAGGAUGAUUCAGUAUUUACCCUGGAAAUAAUGGUAAUGUAUGACCUUGAACUUCCCGCUGAUCAUGCCAAGGUGGAAAUUAGUUGCUGAAUCUGCUUCAUCCACCUAGUAAAAACCCCUCGUGCUUCAAGGAUGAUGGCAACUGUGGCAUAUAAUGCUAAAUACAGUUACCAUGCAGUGGCUGUCAAGCUUCAAAUGGAGCAUGAGAAUUGUAUCUAUGUUGUAGUAUGAAUGUAUCUGUCUUCUUGGUUAACAGAUUGCUUCUUGGAGAGUUGGGCAGCCCAAUGUAAUGACCACAGGACGCUACAUUGAUUGCU